GUUUAGUCGCUUUAUCGCUUUUGUACAUCACAUGGUUCCUCCAUUAUGAACUACGUAUAUUCUUUUUUAAUGGAAAACUUUAAUGAACAGCUGCUUCAAUGUUAAAAUAUUUUGUUCCUCUACUCAUUGUUUUCUCAAUUAAUUUAUAUUUAUGAAAUGUGAAAUGUUCUAACUGGUUAAGAAGAGAAUUACGUUGCAAGGAUACCAUUUUUAGGUUAUGUAGCAGUCAGAGACAAAUUACAAGGUCAACUCAGCUGUUUUGUAGGAAUUAUUAGAUUUGAAAAAGUUACUCCCAAUCUUUAGAUGACCUUAUCAGUUAAUGACUGUAUCACGUACCUUUUAUUUUUAAUUAAUUUCCAUUAGAACAUUUUGUUAAUGCAGUAUGUUGAGUACGAUGGGAAAUCUACUGCGUUACAACAUCCAAUUACUAAAACAAUGCGAAUCUUUACUAUAUUCAAGUAAUAGUCGCAAUAGUCGAAAUUAUGCGACAUAUAUACAGGGACAGUGCCCAGAGCCCCGCGUAAGAGAAUAUUUUUAUUACAUCGAUCAUCAAGGAAUGUUAUUCCUUGAUGAUUCUCGUAUGAAGAAUUUUACAUCUUGUUUCAAAGAUAAGAAGUUCUUAGCAUUCUUUUUCAAAAGACUUAGGACAAAUAACUUAGAGCGGUACAAAGAAUUUCCUUACAUAUCCCUUUGCGGUCGUGAAAGGAAUUUUGUUCGAUGCGAUGAUCUUCCAAUAGUGUUUACACAUAUCAUUGAGCGACAUAAUGUAAAAAGUGGAGACAUUGAGCACCUUUUUAGUUAUGCUCAUGCAGAUGAUUUAUUAACGGUGCCCUUUGAGCCGAACAAAAUCUACAUGAACAUUAAUUCUGGAAGGGUCUAUCAUCCCGCACCAGAAGUUGCUGGAGGUGCUGGACUUGUGACAUCCAAACUUGCUAUUGAAUUCAGUUCAUUUUUUACAUUUGAAAAGGGAGAAAGGCAUGGCCCAACGCAUUUCACUUGGAAAGGAAGGAGGUAUGAUCUUGAUCAGAAAUGGUAUAAAUAAACUCUUUAAAAUCUGUACAAAAUUAGUGUAUACAUGUAUAUGCUGUAAAAAUAUUAUUAAACAAAAUGCAUAUUGUAA